ACAGUAUGAACUAUAUAACGACAAGUAACACAUUCAUCGAUACACUUCAUCGUUGACACUCGACUGACCGAGUUCUAUUAUCAAAUUAAAAUGUCCUUCGUAAGAUUAAUCAUUUCUGCCCUCGCCCUUAUAGCUAGCUGUAAUGCUAGUGGCGUCGGACACAUCGCUCCUCUCUUCAAAUCAUUAUCAGUAGUCCGUGGCCGCUCCGGUGGCAGUAGCUCCUCCAGUGGUGGCGCGGGCUCCAGUGUUCGCAGCUCCUGCGCCUGCUCCAGUGUUCCCAGCACCUGCUCCAGUUUUUUCUGCGCCUGCUCCAAUUUUCCCCGCGCCUGCUCCGGUAUUCGCAGCGCCGGCUCCAGUGCUACCAGCGCCAGCUCCAGUAUUCGGAGCGCCCGCCCCAGUGCUCCCACCCCCAGCUCCAGUCUUCGCAGCACCAGCUCCCGUAUUACCGGCACCAGCCCCGGUAUUCCCCGCACCUACACCUAUAUUCCCAGCGCCAGUGUACCCAAGAAUAGCUCCAGCACCAGUUUUCGCUCGUGCCGUACCUGCGUUACAAGCAGCAGCAUUCUCACCUAUUUAUUGCUCAACGAAAUCAGUAGUGGUAUAAAACGUGACGAUGCCCUGGAGACGGCACAGUCCAUCGGAUUUUUCAGUGUAAUCACUUGUGAGCAGUCACACCACCCAAGCAAAAUGAUCGCCAAAUUCGUUGUUGUAUUCGCCCUCGCUGUGGCCGCUGCGAAUGCUGGAGCUAUCGCCCCGGCUGCGUUGGUCGCGCCAGUAGCUUCUGCUGCGGUUGUGGCUCCUUACGCCAGCUCUUACUCGGCUCAUGCCGUGAACCACGCCGUGGCUGCCCCAGUCGUCACAUCCCCUUACGUCGCUGCCGCCCCCUACGUCGCUGCCCCCGCCGCUGCCCCCUACGUAGCUGCCCCUGCUGCUGCUCCUCUAGUCGCCGCCCCCGCCGCUCCCUUCGUCGCACCAGCGUCACCCUACUUCGCCAGAUACCUAUCAGCCCCAUACAUUCUAUAAACGAAUUUGGUGAUAUCAUUGCCUAGUGACUUGCUCAGAUUAUAAUAUAAUGCUUCCUAGUUAUAUCGAUUAUGUAUUUUGUUGAUAUACAAAUUUAUACAUA